GAAAGGAAGUCACAGCUCAUGAGCAUAUAUUCCCUUCAGAUGUAACACCCCACUCAUAUUAUGUUUCCAGAUAUGGAGUGAGAACAUGCAUACAAACAACAUCAACUCCUCUAGAGUUUUUUCUUUUAUAAAGACCAUCACCUCCUUCUGCCACAUAUUGAACCAUUCCUAAGAAAAAGAAGAUCUAAUACUAGUAUACAUUUAUAUAUGUUUCACUCUUCUUCUUCUUCCAAAAUUUAUAUGCAGACUCAAAACAUGAACUUGGUUUUGUCCACUGAUGCAAAGCCUAGGCUGAAGUGGACUCCAGAACUGCACCAAAAAUUUGUUGAGGCAGUGAACCUGCUCGGCGGCGCAGACAAAGCAACACCAAAGAGUCUGAUGAGAGUGAUGGGGAUUCAUGGACUUACCUUGUACCACCUGAAGAGUCAUUUGCAGAAAUACAGACUGGGAAAAGGUCAACCGUCAGAAACAAGCAUUAACACAAACCAGGAAGAGUUCAGAGAUGUACAGAAUACUGAUACCCAUUUGAGAGGAAAUGUCGACGAUGGAACUCAGAGUCCGAUCAAUGAAAGCUUGCAGAUUGCUCAGGCUCUACAACUCCAAAUGGAAGUGCAGAGAAAACUUCAUGAACAGAUUGAGGUACAGAGACAUUUGCAGCUGAGAAUUGAAGCUCAAGGAAAUUACUUACAAUCGGUAUUGAAAAAAGCACAGGAAACACUUGCCGGGUAUAGUUCUUCAACUAUAGGUUUGGAACUUGCAAAAGCUGAACUCGCUCAAUUAGCGUCAAUGGCAAGUUCUUCAAUCUCAGAAUUAACAGAUUCAGGAGGUUUGAUGCCCAAACGCUUAGUGAGGAAACAAAUGAGAGGCACAAUAUGUUCUGUUGAAAGCUCUUUGACAUCAUCUGAGAGCUCUGGGAGAAAUGAAGACGAGCAACCCAAAAACUACAGCAACGAGACCCUUCAGUUGGCCAUGGCUUCUAUUGAACUGCCAUCUGUGGAAGAAACAAACAAUCACUGUGAUGGAAGGAAGAGAAAUAUAAGCGCCAUUUCUGAUGGUAUUUGUGUUGAACAACCACUUGCUAAUAGGUCACCAACACAUUUGAACAAAUCUGAGGUUUUCCACACAAUAGACCUAAAUAGCCAAUAUCAGAAUGAUACUGAAUCAGGUUCAAAAGCAAUAGACCUAAACUGCCAGGGUAUUGAACAGUUUAACGGGCACUAUUAGUGUUUGGGGAUGUUUAUAAUGGGUGGGGGUUUUAGUAAUACAGUGUAUCAAGCAAAAGCAUAUUACUUGGAGCAAAAUCCUUUGUGUAUAAACUAUAUAUAUUGGUUUGUUUAUAUAUAUGGAUUCUCAAGGUUAUUUGUAAGAA